CAAUGGUGACAUUCAUAUUAAGAGGUUUACAAACAUUGUGAUAAUGAACAUUAUUUAAAUUUGUGACCAAAAGCAGUUGUUUAGGUAUGGUGUAAAUAAGUGUCCAUUUAGAAAUCUUCAAUGUACUACCGAUAAUAAAUUUAAGUGUACAAAAAGUGAAUUGUGCUGGAAUUUUCAAAUAAUAGUUUAUGAAGGUUCAUGCAUGAUGCGCUGUUCUUGAAGACUCUCAGUCCAGUGAGGGGUGUAUAGCUAUUAAAGGAAGCAGCAUACUCGUUACAAACUGGUCACAUGGGAUCCUUAAAGGACAGGCCUCAAGGAGAGGCAACAUAACAAAGACAAAGGAUGGUAGAUCUUCAUACUGAGACGUCUAUAGGUCCUUAACACAGUGACACAAGCCUUGAAAACCCAGAAGUGUAUUUGGUCCAUAAGUUACAGUGACAAAGGAUUUGAAAACUGAAAGUGUACUAGGUCUUUAACAGCGACACAAGCCUUGAAAUCCAGAAGUGAAUAAGAUUUAUAAAAGUGACACAAACCCUAAAACCAGGAAACGUGAAAAGUUGUUACGUUGUCACAAGGUGCCAGUUCCUUAAACUGGGAAAGUGUACUUGCUUCGAUAAAGUUACACAUGAAAGUCUGUCAGUGCGGUCACCAGGUUUGAAGCCCUUGAUAAUCACCGGAAGCUAAAUUAAUAAAAAAGUUUAGUAGUGUUCAGAGGAACUUGUAGUCACUUGAGGUGAGAUGCCGCCCAGUUCCGGAGAGCUAUGGGGCCACCAUCUGAUGCCCCAGCAGAUCUUUGUGGACUGCCUCAUGCCCACAGGUCUUAUCAUUCCACUGAGGUGCAAUCGAGAUGCCACAAUGGAAAAAAUUAAGUCCGAUCUUUGGAUGGAAGCAAAGAAAUAUCCCUUGUUUCACAAACUUACGGAUCCAUCAUCUUACAUAUUUGUCGGCAUCACCCAAGAUGCAGCGCGAGAGGAAUUCUAUGACGAAACUCGCCGCCUUUGUGAUUUGCGUCUCUUUCAACCUAUUUUGAAGGUUGUUGAGCCAAAAGGGAACCGUGAGGAGAAAAUGCAGAAUUAUGAAAUUGGCACAGCUAUCGGCAUUUCUGUGAAUGAGUUCAAUGAAAUGAAGGACCUAGAAGUUAUGACGUUCCGACGCAACAUUCUCAAAAUCUGUCAGGAGGCGUUCGAGGAAAGACGUCGGGACGGCAAGCACAGUUUGGCCCUGUACUUAUAUCCCCCUGAUGUCGAGUCUUCUGCUAAACUGCCCUCACAUCUAGAGGAAAAACUACAAGAUAAACAGAUUCUAGUCUGCGUGUGGGUGGUUCACUCAGACAGCUCCCGUAACAAGUACACCGUUCGAAUCUCCCAUGCAGCCAAACCAAUUGAUGUUAUCGCGGAGACCAUACGACGACGGGGUCGGGCAAAGGGUCAGUCGCGAGUGGAAACGGAGCGCUGUAUAGAGGCAUUUUCGCAUACCUAUGUUCUCAAAGUCUGUGGCUGUGAUGAUUUCUUGUUUGAAGGAUAUCCAAUUAGUCAAUAUAAGUGUAUCCGUGAAUGUAUAGAGACUGGCAACAUACCUCAAUUGAUGCUUCUGACUAAGGACAAUGUUUAUGCAACAAUCAGGGAUAUACCCUUCACAGUUCCAUCAUAUGUACAGAAAGGUAUUCAGGCAUUGAAUGAUGCAUGCAACAAGCAGACAAUCUCCAUCCUAGACAGAAUUCAUGUCAAUUUCAAGAUGAAGGUCCACUGUGCCACCAAUGUCAAUGUCAAAGAGCAAGGUGGAAAGAUCUUUGUGCGGGCGGGCCUGUACCAUGGGACAGAGUCACUGUGUCAGAAUCAGCUAACCAAGGAGAUGGACUGGGAUGUCCCGCGCUGGAACGAGUGGCUGGAGUUCCUCUUCCUUCCUGACAUGCCACGCAGCGCAAAGAUCUGCUUCUCUCUGUGCACCAUCAGCAAACGCAAGAACAGAAAGAUUUACUAUGCACUGGCGUGGGGCAACUUGCAGCUGUUUGACUUCAACAACCACCUGAUGAACGACAUGGUGAGCCUGCAACUGUGGCCCAUGCCCCACGGGCUCGAAGAGUUGCUCAACCCACUGGGAAUACCAGGCUCAAACCCAGACAAAGAUUGCCCAUGCCUCGAGAUAGAGUUUGAGAACUUCAGCCCUACUCUUACGUAUCCUAGCGACCACCAGAUGGAGGACCUGGCCAAGCUUGCGGCAAACAGGGACAGCUAUUCUUCUCUGGCACUGCAAGCUGAUGACUGGAGAGAAGAAGAAAAACAACUGAUGGAGAUCAUAGAUCGAGACCCCUUGGCGGAGAUCAUUGAACAGGAGAAAGAGUUGCUAUGGAAACGAAGGGACUACUGCCUACACCAGCCUAACUCCUUACCAAAACUAUUAAGUGCAAUAAAAUGGAAUGACCAGGAAAAUGUGGCACAGCUAUACAUGCUGUUAAAGCAAUGGCCAACAGUUACACCCGAGGUAGCCCUACAUUUGUUGGACUGUUCGUUCACGGACCUGCGUGUGCGACAGUUUGCUGUGCAUUGUUUGGAGAUAGGCAUUUCUGAUGACAAACUACAGAGAUACCUUCUUCAGUUUAUUCAGGCGUUAAAGUUUGAGCCGUACUUGGAUAACCCGCUGACAAGAUUUCUGUUGAAGAGGUCCCUCAUGAACCAGAGGAUUGGUCAACAGUUCUUCUGGCAUCUCAAGUCGGAGUUGCACUACUCGGGGAUGCGUGUACGGUACGGUCUGAUUCUGGAGGCGUUUUGCAGGGGCAGCGGAAACUUCCUGAAGACUCUCAUCAAACAGGUGGAGGCUGUGGACAAGCUCACCAAACUCACCAAUGUUCUCAAGGCGUCAGGCAAAGAUGACAAGCAGGAGUUGAUGAGGAUGCUUCAUGAGCAGCUACAGCAGCCGGACUACCACGAGGUCCUCACAAACCUAACCUCCCCCCUGAACAGCAGUCAUAGACUAGGCAAUGUCAGCUAUGAGCAGUGCCAGGUGAAGAUGUCCAAGAAGAAGCCCCUCUGGAUGGUCUGGAUCAACACAGACCCCCUGGCUGACCUCUGGGAGAAGACCUACACCAUCCUUUUUAAAAAUGGCGAUGAUCUGCGACAGGACAUGUUGACCAUUCAGCUGAUCAGUGUCAUGGACUCCAUAUGGAAGGCUGCUGGACUAGAUCUUAGGAUGACCCCCUACAGCUGUCUGGCCAGCGGUCAAGACGUGGGGUUGAUAGAGGCCGUGCGUAACUCUGACACCAUUAUGAAGAUUCAGGAGAAAUCAGGGGCCAAGGCCUCCCUGCAGCUGGGCUCUAAGGCUCUACAUAGCUGGAUCAAGAACCAAAACAUUGAAAGGUACGAGGCGGCCAUUGAUGUGUUCAGACGUUCCUGUGCCGGCUACUGUAUCGCCACCUUCGUUCUCGGCAUUGGGGACCGACAUUCCGAGAAUAUCAUGUGUGCAAAGGAUGGAAGAGUUUUUCACAUUGAUUUCGGACACUUCUUGAAUCACAAGAAGAAGAAGUUUGGCAUCAACCGUGAGCGGGUGCCAUUUGUGCUUACAGAAGACUUUGUGUAUGUGAUAGCCAAGGGUCGGGACCAACCACAGAAAUCGGACGAGUUUAAAGACUUUCAGCUCCUCUGCCUUAAGGCCUACGUGGAGCUGCGCAAGCAGUCAGACCUCAUUAUCAACCUGCUGACCAUGAUGCUGUCUUGCGGGAUACCAGAGCUCCAGUCCCUUGACGACAUCAGCUACGUGCGCAAGACGCUUGCAGUAGAGAAAACCGAGGAGGAGGCAGUCAUGUACUUUCAGCAGCAGCUGCACAUGGCGUACAAGGGACAGUGGACCACAAAGGUGGACUGGAUGUUCCACAAGCUCAAAAACUAGCAUUUGUGUUCAUUGUAUGGUGAUAUUUUUGGAGGGUGAAUAAUGUGAUUUUUUGUUGGGUGGGGGCGGUUUUUCACAAACGGGUCAAAUCAUGUAGAUCUAAGAUUUAUUUAUUCAGUAAUUAAUUGACAAGAGUUUCAUCAAAGUACAACCUCCAGAGAUCUAUAUAUUAUUCAAUCAAAAGAAUCAGAAAUGUGUGCAAGAUCUUCAACAAGAAAAAAGAUUGGAGGAAAAUUGCUAGCCAUGACGCACUUUUAGCAAAAAUAAACGAUGAAAGACUCCAGGAUAUUCCUAAAGAUUGACAAUAGUAUUAUCCAUUGUGCUGUUUUUCUGAUUUUUUUUCUUAAGUGACCGAUUCUUAUCAUUACAUGUAUCAUGAAAGCAAAAUAGGCAGGUAAAUAAAAAGUGGAUAUUUCACAAUAUGAGGUAAAAUAUUUAUUAGGUUUAUAAGAUUUUAAAGAAAUUGAUACCUACUGUCCAAAAACUAGGUCUCUUGUUGAAUCUCAGAAAAAUUGUUAUACUUAUGAGCUACAUAACUGACUUCAUCUUAAUUAAACUUUGUCAGAAUGUUUGUCUUGACAAUAUCUAUGUAGUGUCGAAGACAGGGUCACAGGAGUUCAAAAACUAGGUAACUAAGUCAAGUUUUAGAAAAAACUGGCUACCAAUGUAGUGGCCAUGUAUAACUCAAUAUUAAUGGAACAUGGUCAGGAUAUUUAGCAAUAUCUAGUAAUAGCUUCAUUUUAGGUAAAAAAACUAGGUCAUGAUGUCAAUGCUUAGAAAAAGCUUGUUAACAGUAUAGAUGCCAGGUUACUGAUUCAACCUUGAUUACAUUUAGUCAGAACGUUUAUCUUGACAAUGGCAAGGCCAUUUUUGAAUCAGGAUUAUGUGGGGUCAAAAAUCAGGUCACCAGGGCAAUUAUUUGAUCAUUAAAACUCUUGUACUCAUGUGAGUUUUUCAGCCCUGGUCAUGGCCUUCUUAUUUCUUGUUUGAAUUUUAUUUGUUUGUGUACACAUACUUUUCCUUAAUUAUUGAUUAUAAUUAUGUGUUUAAAAGUGCUCAGUUGAGGAAGAAUGCAAAUGAUCACACGGUUAAAGUUUGCCUUAACUUGAAAAUUUGACCAAUAAGGUUCUUUAAAUUAUUUGUGCUUGAUCCUUAUUGGUUGAAAUUUUAAGAUAAUAUUCAAAGAUCUAGCUCAUUGAUAUUAUAAGAUAAUGUUUUUUUGCCAGAACUCUUUGAUCUGGUAAGGAUUUUCCCCUACCUUUAAUGACAUUGUGCCACUGACAAUUGUACUAUUUCAUACAGAUCUGUGAUGUAUUGUUAAUGAAUGGGUGGGGGUUGACUACCUUUAAUUUUGUUCAUUUAUUCACGGACUCUAGAUGAGACAAUAUACGCUCCGUGAUUUAUUCAUUAUUCAUUAUAAUUUAUUUUGUAGCCAUAUUGUAUUCUGUCCAAUCACACGUUCAUACGUAAUACUAUGUUCUGUACAUUUUAUUCAGAUAAUUAAAUUGUGCAUUAAAUUUA